GGGGCGUGAGUGGCGCCUGGCAGAGCCAAUGGCGUCGUGGCUGGGCCGGGCCUGUCCUGUCAGUGCGGGGCGGCGGGAUGGCGGCACUGUACGCCUGCACCAAGUGCCACCAGCGCUGCUCCUUCGAGGCGCUCAGCCAGGGACAGCAGCUCUGCAAGGAAUGUCGGAUUGCACACCCCAUUGUUAAAUGUACUUACUGUAGAACUGAAUUCCAGCAAGAAAGCAAAACCAACACAAUAUGCAAGAAGUGUGCUCAGAACGUGAAACUUUAUGGAACGCCCAAACCCUGCCAGUACUGCAAUAUAAUUGCAGCGUUUAUUGGGAACAAGUGCCAGCGGUGUACAAACUCUGAGAAGAAAUAUGGGCCACCUCAUUCCUGCGAGCAGUGCAAGCAACAGUGUGCCUUUGACAGGAAAGACGAUAGGAAAAAAGUGGAUGGGAAGCUACUCUGUUGGCUUUGCACGCUGUCCUAUAAAAGAGUGCUACAGAAGACCAAAGAGCAACGUAAACACCUGAGCACAUCCUCCCGAACCAGCCUGCAAGAGAAGGAACAGUAUGGCCGACUUACCAGCAGCAGCCACUACAGCCAGAAAACGUUGUCUACAUCUUCUAUUCAGAAUGAAAUUCCAAAGAAAAAGCCCAAGUUUGAUGCUAUAUCAGCCAAUGGGGACAGCGUUCCUUCCUCUCCCGAGGCGCUUUGCCCCCCUAUCCAGAGUGCCCCGUCCGUGUUGGCGCAGUGGGCUGCUUCCCAACAGAGUCUCGCUGCCCAGGAUUGUCCUGUUUCUCAAGGCACUGACGUCCUGAACUUUUCUCCGGACCUGGCCUUGGACUCUCCCGGCACUGACCACUUUGUCAUCAUAGCUCAGCUGAAAGAAGAAGUGGCCACGCUGAAGAAAAUGUUGCAUCAGAAAGAUCAGAUGAUUCUGGAGAAAGAGAAAAAGAUAACUGAGCUGAAGGCUGACCUGCAAUACCAGGAGUCCCAGAUGAGGGUCAAAAUGAACCAAAUGGAAAAGACUCACAAGGAAGUCACAGAACAAUUGCAGACCAAGAACAGAGAGCUCCUGAAACAAGCCGCAGCUUUGUCGAAGGGCAAAAAGACAGAGAAGUCUGGGGCAAUCACCUCCCCUUAGGCACAAUGGGGGAUCUCUCCCGUAUCGAGGAGUCCUUUUUGGUUAUAAAUCCCUUCGUUCAACAGGCUCGACUGGAAUCUUUAAACCGUUGUUGCUGCGAAUGCAAUGAAAAAUCUCUGUGUGUGCCCAUUCAAUAGCAUGCUUGUGUGUUGGGUUUGUAAUCUUUUAUUUUCCUAUCAUACUACGAAGAUGGGGGGGGGGGGAUUUGCGGUGCAUCUUCCACUGCCGCCCCCGUUCCUCCAAGCCCACGAACUGGCUGAAUAUAGGGAUUUCCUAUAUUCUGAUUUUCGCUGCCAUUGGGUUGGCCUGGACAGAGGGAAUGUGUUGCUUCUGGGUCCUCCACAGUCUCCUGUGGCCUUGUCUCCAGGUAGGCUUUCCUUUGUGGGAAGCUACUUUAGUACUCUUAUUCACAUUCUGAAUUUUCCAAAUGCUGCUUUCUCAUAUGAUGCUUUCAUGCUGUUCUUUGGAGCACCUUGAUGCCAUUUUGCAAACAUUUCUUUUCAUUCUGUUCUAUAGAAUUGUUUGGGGAUCAUGUUUUAAGUCAUUGACAGUCUAUUUAAAGUCUUAAUAGCAUAAUGAUCUCUUAAUUGAAUAAUUGGGGACAUUAAUUCGAAGGUAAAGUUGGAUUACUAAUUGGAAUUUUUGUUAUUCUGGCUGACUAUACUGAUCACUGAUUGGGAAUUAACUUCUUUUCAAAAAUAUUAUUAUUAUUAUUGACACAAAGACAUAGUAUGAUACAGCAAACAAGAUAUAUAUGCUGGAUUAUUAUUAUUAUUAUUAUUUGAUACACAACAGGAUGAGUACACAGCAAACAAAACCAUUCUGCUUGCUGUUGUAUUGGAUCAUACGUCAGACACUUCCCAAGUGUCUAGGACUAUGUGAUGUAUCAGCGAAUAAUGCAUGCAGAUCCAAGUAGCCUUUUGCAGCUGACAGAUUGUGAUUUUAUCAGCACCGAUUGUUUCCAAGUGCUGGCGAAGAUCUUGCGGCACUGCACCCAGUGUGCCGAUCACCACUGGGACCACCUUAACUGGCUUGUGCCAGAGUCUUUGCAGUUCAACCUUCAAAUCCUCAUAUAAUGUCAGCUUUUCCAAUUGCUUCUCAUUAAUUCUGCUAUUGCCUGGGAUUGCAACAUGAUUAUUAUUAUUACUAUUAUUAUUAUUAUGCUGGCUUCCAUGGCAUUGCUUUUAUUUAGAGCUGGGCACUUCCUUGAUCAAGAUUAGUGGAUUUCAUACAAAAGUCACAGUCAGGGUGAGACUAUUCUCAGCAAAAUAUAGGGUUAAUUUUUGCAAGACACAACUAUGCAGAAUUUUGAGGAAUGGUUCUUGCGGUGCCGUUGGAUGUGGCCUUGCAAAAGGAGAUUGGAGAGGUCUAAGAAAGGAAAACUGAUAUCCUAUGGAACAAUAAUCAUUUCUGGGUUGCUGUGAAUUUUCUGGGCUGUAUGGCCAUGUUCCAGAAGCAUCCUCUCCUGAUGUUUUGCCCACAUCUGUGGCAGGCAUCCUUAGAAGUUGUGAGGUCUGUUGGAAACAAGGCAAGUGGGGUUGUUAUAUAUCUGUGAAAUAAUGUCCAGGGCGGGAGAAAGGAAUGAUUAUUGUGCUGUUGAAUGAGGCCUUGCAAAAGGAGCUUGGAGAGGUCUAAGAAAGGAAAACGGAUAUCCUAUGGAACAAUAAUCAUUUCUGGGUUGCUGUGAAUUUUCUGGGCUGUAUGGCCAUAUUCCAGAAGCAUCCUCUCCUGACGUUUCGCCCACAUCUAUGACAGGCAUCCACAGAGGUUGUGAGGUCUGUUGGAAACAAAGCAAGUGGGGUUGAUAUAUAUAUCAGUGGAAUAAUGUCCAGGACGGGAGAAAAUAAUGGUUAUGAUGGUGUUGCUGAUUGUGGCCUUGCAAAAGGAGCUUGGAGAGGUUUAAGAAAGGCGAAUUGAUAUCCCAUGGAACAAUAAUCAUUUCUGGGUUGUUGUGUGUUUUCCGCGCUGUCUGGCCAUGUUCCAGAAGCAUUCUCUCCUGACGUUUCGCCCACAUCUAUGGCAGGCAUCCUCAGAGGUUGUGAGGUGUGUUGGAAACUAGGCAAGUGAGGUUUAUAUAUCUGUGGAAUGAUGUCCAGGGCAGGAGAAAGGAAUGGUUAUUGUGAUGCAAAAGGAGCUUGGAGAGUUACAAGACAGGAGAAUGGCUGUCCUAUGAAACAAUAAUCAUUUCAGGGUUGUUGUAUGUCUUUCGGGCUAAUCAUUUCACUGGAAACAUGAGAUGGGUCAGAGCAAGAACUGUCAAAAGAGGGUCUAAACUCAUGAACUCCAUGCUAAUGGAAAGAUGGAAUGAGAAUUGCUCUACCGCUUCCGUCAAGGCAUCUUUGGGGGAAAACCGCUGAAAUCACACGAGUCGUUUCUGACCAGCUUCAUCUGCAGAAACACAUCUGAAGAAAUGGCUCAGGGGAGAAAGAGAGAGAAAGAAACACCGACACACAGGGCAAUGCAAGAUUUGCCUUUUGAAAUGAUUUUAAAAAGAGACUUCUGCUGCAACCGAGUCAAGGAUGCUUUUCUCCAGCCGCACUUUGAAGAACGACAAGCCUCAGGGCACAGAAGGAAGCAUAACCGAAAUAAUUUCACAACUGUGGGUUAUUUAUUAUUUUCCUUUGUUUUGCUUCGAAGGGAAGACGGCGUGUGAGAACCUGCCACAAAGUGUAAAGCAGAACACUAAUUUUUUUAUACUUAAGGCAUCUUUUGAAAGAAGCUGGUUCGUAGAAAUUUUAACGGGGGAGGAUGUUUUUUAGCUCCCUCGGAUGAGAAAAGUUAGGAUUUUCCUGUAAAGAGAGGGCCUUUGUUCUUUUCUUAUUUGUGGAAGUGGAUCAUGCAUUCAAGUGGGUGGUUUAUAGUGAUGCUGUUCUUUUCUUUCUAUAUUUGUAAUAUUCGUGGUGUUAAAAGGGAGCUCGGAUUUGUACAAAAAAGAAGUGCAAAAUGGACAAAAACCGGUUUGGGGACGGGUGGGAUCUUUCCGCGGUUUCGCGUUGGGAUAUAUUUUGUCUAUGUCUUGGUUUGAGUCGGCAGAAAGUCAAUUUAUUUUCCCCUUGGCUUAGGCCUAAUCCAAGCACGCGAAGUAUAAAGAACAUUUGGUGCUAUGGCGGAAUUUGAUGUAUGUACAGGAUUAAACAGUAUUUUCUGUAA